GGGCGGGACCCGCCAAGGGGGCGGGGACAAGCGGCAACGACAGACGAGACAGCCAAUCGAGACGCGGGAUCGGCCGGCGGCGAUCUGGCGGCCCAAUGGGCGCCGCGGAGGGCCUGGCCGAGCGGAGGAAGCGCGGGGGCGACAACGGGCGCUGUCGUGGCUGGCGAGAUUGUUGGGGCGCGGGCCGCCCGGCCCGGUGGCGCCACUACUGUCUUCGGAAAGAUCACCGGCAAGGCGCUUCCCGCCAACGUCAUCUACGAGGACGAGGAGCGCCUCGCGUUCCAUGAUCUUUCGCCCCAAGCUCCGACGCUUUUCCUAGUCACGCCUGAGGAGCCAAUUAUCGGGUUAUCUGACGCAGAAGGUUCUGGUGAAUCUCUUCUUGGGCAUUUCAUGAUUGUUGGCAAGAAGCGUGCUGCUCACCUGGGCCUGACCAAUGGAUUCCGGAUGGUUGUGGAUGAAGGGCCCGAGGGCGGGCAGUCUGUCUGUCACGUACAUCUACAUAUUCUGGGUGGCCGUCAGUUGGGCUGGCCGCCUGGCUAAGAUUUUUGCACCGCAAGAGUUGCUGCACCUGUACAAAUCGCCACUGAAUGGAUUUCGUCUGUUGCCCGUCAGUCUAGUAGCCGCUGUUGACGUCUAAUUUUUUGUGACGUGUGUCUGUGGAAGGUAAUAAAAGCUUUGAGCAGCAGUUGCACAAUAAAGAUUUAGCGUGGGGAUAUCA